AUGUCGUCGUCCAUCUCGGUUGCAGUCCGCGUGCGGCCGUUCUCGGACAAGGAGCGCUCGCUUGUCAACGCAGGCUACGAUGCCGGACCCACCCUCUUCAGCGCCGACUCUGCCGCUUCUGGGUCAUCAUCAUCGUCACUCUCUACACCGCAACCCUCCCGAGGAGCCGGCGGAAUCCGCAAGAUCGUCAAGGUCCUCGACGACCGGAUCCUCGUCUUUGACCCGCCAGAAACAAACGCCGUCGCCUCCCUUCAGCAGCGAGCGAACAUGCCCGUCUUCGGAAAGAAACAGAAGGACAUCCGCUUCUGCUUUGACCGGGUGUUUGAUGAGGACUGCGGGCAGGAGGAGGUCUACGAUGGCAGCGCGAAGGAACUCGUCGGGCAUGUCAUGGACGGCUUUAACUCGACGGUAUUCGCAUACGGCGCCACCGGUUGCGGCAAAACCCACACCAUCUCCGGCUCCUCCACCCAACCCGGCAUCGUCUUCCUCCUCAUGAAGGAUCUCUUCGACCGCAUCUCUGCCGCCUCCGACGAGAUCCACUUCUCCCUCACCGUCUCGUAUCUCGAGAUCUACAACGAGACGAUCCGCGACCUUCUCGCACCCGAGAACGGCGUCCUCCAGCUUCGCGACAGCUCGGACGGGACGGCGACACCUGCCAACUUGACGACCAAGGAACCGACGUGCCCGCAAGAUGUCGUCGAGUGGAUCACGCUCGGAAACAACAACCGCACUGUCAACUUUACCGAAGCGAACGCGACGUCGUCUCGCUCGCACGCCGUCUUGCAGGUCACUGUCAUGCAAAAGAACAAGGCGAGCGGCUUGACCGACACGUCGACCACUGCGUGCCUCUCCGUCAUCGACUUGGCCGGCUCUGAGCGAGCGAGCGCAACGAAGAACCGCGGCGACCGAGCCGUCGAAGGCGCCAACAUCAACCGCUCCCUCCUCGCCCUCGGCAACUGCAUCAACGCGCUUUGCGACCCUCGCAAGCGCGGCCACGUCCCCUACCGUGACUCGAAGCUUACGCGCCUCCUCAAGCAAUCGCUCGGCGGCAAUUGCAAGACGGUCAUGAUCGUCUGCGUUAGCCCGUCCAGCGUGCACUACGACGAGACGCACAACACGCUGCAGUACGCCAACCGCGCCAAGGAGAUCAAGACCAAGGCGGUGCGGAAUACCCUCACGGCGGAUCGUCACGUCGCGCAGUACUGCCAGCAGAUCAUGGAGCAGCAGGCGAUGAUCGCCGACCUCAAGCGCAAGCUGAGCGAGCAGGAGACGCGGUCGACGGCAGCUCAUCGGGCUGAGGACGACAGGCUCGUCCAGUCGGCGCUGAGGCAGGUCGCGGCGCCCUGGGAGGCUGGAAAGACGAAGCGUGUUGCGGCAGCGCGCGCAAGCGCGGAAAAGGACGUCCUCGACAACGUUCUCCGCGUACUCCAGCAAUGGCAGCUUAGCGCGACGGCAAACGUCGACGUCGGCAGUCCGGCCGCCUCCUCAUCCGCUAUCGCCGCCGACUCCACCAUCUCGCUGCUCAAGAGGGAAUCGCAGGACCUUAUCGCCGAUUUGCUUAGCACCACCGCUUCUCUCGCCUUCGAAGUCUCGCAGGGCGGCCCUGCGGCCAUGGAGGCCUACUCGCGAACCGUCUCUUCCGUCUCGGCUCCCCUGCGCGACCGACCAGCCGCACUCUCCGUCCUCACCUCCGAGACCAAGGUUCUCGAUGCGCACCUCGACGCUGCCUGUGCGGAUGCUCGCGCGCAAGGUCUCCGGCAGAGCUUGGCGGUGCAGACGGCUGCAAUGAGGCGGAUGCUCGAGGCGCGGUUGAAGGUGGGCGUCGCGCUCGAGUUGGCGCAAGAGGGUGGUUCGAACGCCGUGCGGGCGCUGGUCCGUCUCGCACAGAGCGUCGACAAGGCGAACAACGAGGCAUUCGCUGCUUUCGCCGGCGAGUCGAGCAGCGUGACCUACCCGUCUUACGGCGCGGCGGGCAUCAAGCGCGACGCAGGCGCCCGGUCUCCCUUCCUGCUCGACACGAACGGAAAGGUCCCGCGGUCGGCCUUGACGGGCUUUGGCUCGGCGCCGACGGGUCCUUACGCUUCUUCGCCGUCGCGGGCGAGACGCAGUCCGAAGAAGGGCGUGUCCUUCCCUUCCGGCGCGAAGCGGGUAGCGAGUCCGAGCGCGAAGAAGAACAAGGUGCAGUGGCGCGACGAGGUUGGCGAGGAGGGGCUCGAGGACAUCAAGUACGGCUCGCCGGUCGGGUCGACUGACUCCGGCUCGUCGUCCUCCACGCCCGCGAUUGCAGUCACAAGCCCGAGGCUCUCGUCGUCUACGCAGAUGUGGACCGUGUCGUCAACCUACUCGGAGGCGAGCGAGGCGGCCAAGGCGGCCGAGGAGAUGCAGUCUGCUCUUCGUGCGAAGCGGCCGACAGCUACUCGUCUGCGGACGACGCUUUCAACUGUUACCGAGUCGCCUUCGCCCUUCUCCUUCCACAGCGACCAGUCCAUGCCGCCUCGCCCCGUUCCUUCGUCUUCCAGCUCACGCCCGCCCUUCGCCGAUCUAGCCAACAACUCCAUGUUCAGCGAAACGUCCUUCUCGAUGGCGCCAACUGCCUCGGGACUCGUCGCACCGGUCGUCUCGAAGCCCGUCCCUCCGUCUCCCGCUCCUCCCACUCCCUCGUUCAAGCUCCGCCGCAACUCGCACAUCGGUCCCGUCCGUUCCGACAAGGCAGCUCGCCGCGUCUCGCUCAGCUCGCGACCUCGACCGUCGCUCUCGCUCGCACCAGCCGCCGCCGACACUUCUCUCUCCUCUUCCGCCGGCUCGCUUCCCUCGGCGACCCCCUCGACUUUCCGGCGACCAGGCCGCAUCGUCAGCGCUCCCGCACUCGCUCCUCCCUCCUUCGCUCACCCGCCAGGCAGCGCACGCCGCUCACCUCGCAAGCCCUCUCUCCGUCCUCGCGUCUCGCUCAUGCCGCCGACGAACCGCCGCCUCUCGACACUUCCGUCAGCCGGAUCUGGCGCAGCAGCUCUUGCAGGUAUGCAGCCUACGACACCGGCGCCUGUCAUGUUCGGCGCGAAGAGCGCGGCGAGGAUUGCGGCCAGGCGCGAGUCGAGAUUGUCGGGCGGGAACAGCUCGAGCGGUGCCAACACGAGCGGGAGUGGGAGCGCUCUCCUCGCUGGUAUCGUCGGCGCAACGAAGAAGGAUUCGCCAAGUGGUGUCUGGCGGUAG